CUCUAAAUCCCUCUCACCCACCUUAUAAAAGACAAAAGAAAACGAGGCAAGAGAUUAGGAGAAGAAGAAGAGAAGAUGUCAGCAUUGAACCAUCUGUUUGAAUUGCAAGACGCAAUCUGCUAUGUGCAAUGUGGCUACUGCACUACAAUAUUACUUGUAAGUGUCCCAUGCAGCAGCUUGUGCAAUAAGAUAGUAACAGUGAGAUGUGGGCAUUGCACUAGCCUCCUUUCUGUCAACUUGAUGAAAACUUCUCUUCUCCCUCUUCAUCUUUUUGCUUCCUUUAACCAAAUCGAGCAGCCAAAGCCAGAAGUUGACAAGGAGGAAAUUGAUGAUGCUAAUAAGAAGAGUGCAGAUACAGAAAGCCCAGUUAUGGGCUCAUCGGAUGAAGAUUUGGAGGAUAUUCCAGUUUAUCAAGUCGUCAAUAAACCUCCUGAGAAGAGACAACGAGCUCCAUCGGCUUAUAACUGCUUUAUCAAAGAAGAGAUCAAAAGGCUGAAGACCCUAUACCCCAACAUGACUCACAAGCAAGCUUUCAGUACUGCAGCAAAAAAUUGGGCCCACUUUCCCCCAAGUCAACAUAGUGGAGAUAGAGAAAGCUGUAGCCUGGGCGACAGAAAAAUGGCAAAGGUUUCUGCUGCAAGAAACUCUCAGGUCCCAAGAGAUAGCAAUGGUUUUCUUGAAAGAAAGGCUUCGAAUACGAUGAGUGAAGAGAUCUAACUCAUCCUUACAGUACUGGAAAUUGAAGAAUUGAAUUGUGUUUUUUAAUUUCUAAACAGUUGGUUUCACUUUCUUUUUCUGUUGAAGAUGCCAUUAUCGUUUAAUGGGGUUAUUGAAGUUUCUGUUUGCCAUUUUUGGAAGUUUAAAAGUAGUGACAUAAUACCAAUGUUUCUGAUGCAUGCAUAUGGUAUCAUGAACCAAUGAUUGAUGUAGCUUCAUGGACCAAGUUUCUAAUAAUUAAAGAGUAUUUUAUAGGAAGAAAAUUCAAAUUAAGAUAGAGGAAAUAAAAAGGAUGAUUUAUUGCAUGUAGAAACUAAAUGGUACAUCACUUUUCACUUUUGCGCUUCUAAACUUCAAGAUUUAUUGCUGGAUAUUCAUCAAAGAUUUCAACCUUUAAAUCAAAAUUAGUUUCAAAUUAACUAUCAUUUUCUUCAAUUCGAUGUACCCUCUUUUAUGCAAAGAAUAAUGAAGGGAUAGGAUUAAUCCAUCUAGACCAUCAAAUUAGACGUGUCAUAUAUGUAGAUCGCUUAUUAUGUACUGACUACAAGUAAAUCUAUACGAAAGACAUUAACUGGUAAUCUAGUAGAAAUUAUAAUUAACCUAUUGUCACGAGUUAAACUACAUAAACAGUGUAAAAAAAUCACUUAUAUAUUAACUUAUAUUCAUACACACUUAUAUACUAUAUACAUUUGUGAAUGAUCAGUUAUGUCGUCCCAUUUCUAAAAACGUACUUGAACGUAUCUGGACACUCGUCGAUCUUUCAUUUAUUUGGUCCUAACUUUAUAUUCAUAGCCAUAAGCCAUUUCUAAAUUAAAACCUCCAAAACAAGGGUUAACCCCGGGGGGGGGGGGGGGGGGGGGGGGGAGAGGAAAA